CGGUGAGUCACAGUUGCAAGGGACGCGUGGAGGCGUUACCAAGGAAGUGACGAGCGAUUUCUUCCGGAUUAGACUCGAAAGGAAAGAUUCCCACGUGUGGCAAACGAAUGGUAAAGGCUGAUCCAGAAUCAAAAAUCAGAAAAACCAAUAAAAAAAAAAGCAUGCGAAAAGCAAGAAGAACAUCAGGGGGUUUUUGAGACAUUGGUUAACCAAAGUUGGCAUGGCAGUUGACGGGGUGUCGAAAGAGAAGAAGAAAAAGAAGAAAUUAAAGGUGGAGGACGUUCAGGACGCAGGAGAUACGAAUGUGAUGGUAUGUCAUGAUGUGUCCGUCCAGACUAUCGUUAAAAAAGAAGAACCUCUAGACACAAACAUCAGAGAUGGAGAGAAAUGGGAGAGCGAUGCUGGUGAGAAGAAGAAAAAGAAGAAAAAGAAAUUGAAGGAGGAAACAGAAGCAGACAGUGUGUGUUGCGAUGCAUCCGUCCAGACUGCUGUCAAAACUGAGCACUCGGAUGUAAACAUCAGUGAUGCUCCUGAAAAGACAAAGAAAAAGAAAAAGAAGAAGAUAAAGCAGGAAGCAGAGCAGAUCCAAGAGGAUGGAGAUCAUUUAGUGUCCAAGAAAAAGAAAGCCAAGAAACAAGGAUAUGAAGACGAGGUGGAAGGUAUAAAAAAGAAAAAGAAGAAAAAGGAGGUUGAAGUCAAAGAAGACAAGGCUGAUUUGGGACACAGCGUAGACAUAGUAAAAAAGAAGAAAAAGAAGAGAAAAAGUGAUGAUGAUGUAGCUGAACAAGAACAAAACGCAGAAUUGGAGGACGGAGAGAUAAAGAAGAAAAGAAAAAAGCAGAAAGAAGCGGACGAAUGCGAAGAGGAAGAGCAAAAGGUGAAGAAAAAGAAGAAGAAGAAGAAAUCGUCAGGGGAAGAAGAGCCCGAUGAGACGGAGGAGAAGAGCAGAAAGCUGAAGAAGAAACUACAAAGCGUGGAUGAAGGUGAGAGUCAUCCUCACGCAAACGGAGGGCGGAAGAGCUCGUCGGACAAGAAGAUGAAGAAGAAAAUCAAGGCGGUGGCUGAUGAUGAGGAGGAACUGGUGGGAAAGAAGAAGAGUAAAGACGACAGAAAGAAAACCCCAGAAAAAGCUAAAAUUAAAAAACUUAAACAAGAGCAUUAUGAGGCCAUGGUGGAGACAGAAAGUAAAACGUCCGAUAUUGUGUUUCUGUCGGAAAAGCCUGGAAAUCAGGAUGAAGUUUCUAUAGAUCAGGCCCGCCGUCUCGCCCUACAGAGGGACAUUGACAAGGAAUCACAGCCGAAGCCGACUCUCGGCCAGUGGGGCACGGCACAGUUCGACAGCUCUGACAGACAAGCCAAGUUCCUGCGCUUGAUGGGCGGCUUUAAAAAGAGCAGCCAGCCCCUCACAGGAUUUGCCGGACGGGCCAACAUGGCGCUGGGGAAAGAAGGCCAACAGACUUUGCAGCAAGGCCUUCUGGGAGAGUUUGAGCGUGCACAGAACCGCCAUAUGGACUUCAGGAAUAAAGGAGCCGGAUUGGGGUUCGCGGCGCCGUCCAAUAAGAAGUUCGCAAUCGAUGUUAAUGCAAGGAACUCGGUGCGAUUCGAUGACUGAGAAUUGCAGGGAUGGUUCGCUUAAAAGUGAACGUUCGGUCAUCAUUUACUCGCCCUCAUGUGAUGUACUCGUAUCAGAAAAGCUGCAAAAACAAUAAUAGCCCAUACGAAAUAUGUUUGGAAUAACACAAGGGUGAGUAAAUAAUGACAAAUUGUUCAUUUCGAAGUGAACUGUUCCUUUAAUUUAUGAAUCAGAAUGGGUUAAAGACAUUUAUUUUUGGAAACUGAGGAUCUCUGAAUCACUGACCAAGAAAGUAUUUUACUUUCUUAAGUAAGUUUUGGUUUGUGUUUUAUUUUUGGUCCUAAGAGAUGUUGUACUCAGGUGAAAUAUCAUGAGUUGUAUUUGAUUUUAUCAUUAAAUUUGCCGAAGAUAAUUAUACUAAAAAAAGGUUACACAACAGAAAAGAUCAAAUAAAGACACUGGAUUAGAGCUAUGCUCUUGUAAUCAUGAUUGACAUUGCAUAUUUGAUGUUUUUGACAUUAUUUAGAACAUUAUUGUCAUUUACAUUUAUGCACUUCUUAUCUAGAGCAAGAUGGCAUUUAAAAGCUUGGGGUCGGUACAGUUUUAUGCAGUUUUAAGGCUGUAUGUAUUUGAUCAAGUAUACAGUAAAACUGUAAUACUGUGAAACUACAAUGCAAAAUAACUUUUUUCUGUGUGAAAAUGUUAAAAUGUAACAUAUUUCUGUUAUCAAAGCUAAAUUUUCAGUCUUCAUUGUCACAUGAUGCUUCAGAAAUCAUUCUAAUAUACUGAUUUGCUGCUCAAGAGACAUUUUUGAUUAUUAUCAAUGUUGAAAAGUAGCACUGCUUUAUAUUUUUGUGAAAAUGGUUCUAUAUUUAGGAUUCUUUGAUGAAUAGAAAGUUCAAAACAGUAGAAUUUAUUUGCAACGGAAGUCUUUUGCAACAUUAUAAAUUACUUUAGUCACUUUUGAUCAAUUAAAUGCCUCCUUGAUAAAUCAAAGUAUUACUGACCCCAAACAUUUAAACCCAUUACACCAAGCUGUUUGAGCUGCAGUAUUAUGUGACCCUGGACCACAAAAUCAGUCUUAAGUAGCACGGGUAUAUUUGUAGCAAUAGCCAAAAAUACACUGUAUGGGUCAAAAUUACAAAUUUUUCUUUUAUGCCAAAAAUCAUUAGGAUGUUAAGUUAAGCUCAUGUUCCAUUAAGAUAUUUUGUACAUUUCUUACCAUAAAUACAUCAAAAUGUAAUUUUUGAUUUGUAAUAUGCAUUGCCAAGAACUUCAUUUGGACAACGAUUUUCUCAAUAUUUAGAUUUUUUUGCACCCUCAGAUUCUAAUAGUUGAACAUCUAAUAGAUGUUCAAAUAGUUGCAUCAUAUAUCAAUGGAAAGCUUAUUUAUUCAGCUUUCAGAUGAUGUGUAAAUCUCUAAAAAAAAAUUGACCCUUAAGACAGGUUUUAUGGUCCACAGUUACACAUAUCGUGCAUUUAAAAAAAAUAAAUUGUGUGUUGAAACUGUCCAUCAAUGCAACAUUCAAGACAAAUCAUGUGAUGUUAAACACUUUAUUUUUGUUCUCUUGUAAACACAUGACCUCUCAAAACAGUUACAAAGGGACAGAAUAAGGAAAACGUUUCAAAUAAGACAUCUCCAGAUGUUUUGAAUAAAAGCAGCAAGAGGUAAAAGUAAAUUCAUCUCUGGUGACUAUUUUUGUAGUUCAUGCGCUUCGAAGAGUUAGAAAACAGUGCCGCCGAAUGUUAUUGCUCUAUACACCUCAAAUGUGUGAAAGACUGUGACAGUGAAUGUGAUUGUGACAA